AAACUACAAGAAUGGCAACGUACAGUAGAUCUGAAGGCUGUGGAAAUGAUGUGUGUAAGGGAUCUCAACAAAGUGUAGUUGAAGGGGGAAGUAAACUCGGGUUCAGUUUGACUACAGAAUCAUAUUCUGAGCAGACGAAAAGAUGGCCUAAAGAUGGAAAACAUAUUCUGGCCCAAUUUGAUGAUAAGAAUAUUGUUGUAUAUCAAGCUUUUAAACCAUCUAUCGCUGAAUAUGCUGUACAUAAUCAAAGGUUUGGUGGACCAGAUUACAGUUUUACAAGGAUGUCAUGGAUUAAAACCAAUUUUUUAUGGAUGAUGUAUCGAUGUGGAUGGGCUAAGAAACGUGAUCAACAGAGAAUAUUAGCUAUAACUAUUACUAGAGAAGGUUUUGAAAAAAUAUUAGAAAACGCCUACACAGCUUCAUUACAAAAAUCCAAGAACCUAACCAAUGAUGAAAUACAAGUAAGAUUACAAUGGGAUCCAGAUCAUUACCCAGAUGGAAAUAAAGUAGAGGGUAGAAAAGCCAUUCAACUUGGAUUGAAGGGGCAGAUUUUAUCCAAGUUUACAAGUGAAUGGUUAGUGAGAAUAGAUGAUAUUACAGACUUUGUAUGUAAACAACAUAAGCUUCUUACUGAACAAGGACAAUGGAAAAUUGAAACUCCAAAAGAACAAGUUUAUCCUUUACUCAAUGAAAAUAUUGGACAAAAAAUUGACCUUGACUUUUAUGAUCAUAGUGGGCCCAAAUUUGUUUCUUAAUCUAAUCUAAUUUAUAUUUUUAAUGUUGUUUUAUUAUGUCUUAGAGGCUGUAAAAGUCACAAUGUUUCUUAAAUAAAUGUUUUUAAAUCUAUGAAAUUUUUUUAAUUUAUGUUUUGUUGAGGUUUGAGUCUAUUUUUGUAUUAAGAAGAAUCUAUGACAUGUCUCACUCCACUUAAAGUCUUAAAACCUCCCCAUAGUACCUUGAAAGGCACAUAUUUAAAUGUUAGCACUUAAUUUUAGUCAGCCAGUACUUUCCAAG